CAGCCUUUGGUUUGUAAAUAAAGUUUUGCAUCGAUUUGUCGCUUGAAUUGAGUGUCCAUUGAAUCCAUUGAGUGAUCGGAUGGCGAACCGCAAGAGGAAUAUCUCAUUCGCCAAACCAGAAGAGCCCGACUUCAUCAAGAAGUUGAAGGCCAAACACGGCAUCACCGCCGGACCCGAUGUGGACACCAAGAGGGAAGUGAUGCCAAGAGUAGACUCGGAUGACUUGGAGGACAGGGAUGAGGAGCAGCCCGUCAUUGUGGUCCUCAAAGACGGCGAUCUCGAUGAGGAGGAAGUGAAGCGAAUCACUGACGAGAAUCAAUUGAAACAAGAGGAGACGGAUAUAAAAGAGGGAAAAAUCAUUUUCAAGAAACCAGACAAAAGUGAGACCAACGAUCAGAAUCAGUCGUUACUUAAGAGUAAGAGUGAGAAGGAGUCCAUCAGACAAAGACUCCAAUCAAAUGAGACGAAAAGUGUCCGAAAUUCGAGUUUACUUUCGUUUGGGGACGAAGAGGAUGAUGAAGAAGACAGCGAUUGA